UCAUCAGACGACGUGCAGGGAUUGGUAUGCUAGCUACAUUGAAACAAUCCGAACAACUCCGGCGCUUCUUCUUUUUCUUCUGCUUGUUUGAUGUUGUCGGACCGAACCGCCGCUUUACGGCGCUUUUAUUUCCGUUUUGGCGUCUGCGGCGUUUUUACCGGGACGCUUCCGGAGGGCGCGAGCGCGAGAACUUGUCGCGUGAGUAAGUUUAUCUCACGUUACUUCAAAGUCGGCUCGCGCUCCACUGCUGGACUGGUUUCCCUUUAAACACCGAAAUGCAGGAACCGGUUCGGAUUAAACCCGGUCCGGUCCUGGUUCUAGACUCGGUGUGUCUCAGAUGAGCAUGUAUAACGAGGCUUAAAUAGCUGGACAUUGAGUAACAUGGUUCUGUGGACCUGCUGGAGAAAUGUUUCUCCUUUCUAAGUAAAAGAUUCUUUCUCUGGUCUGGUCUGGUUCGGUUCGGUUCUUCUCCAUGGACUUUUUUUUUUCUUCCUCAUUUGUUUGUUUUUCCAUGAGAAGAUCUUUUCCUUCUUCUCUACUCUUUGCUUCUAGACUCUAAACUCUAAAAGAUGCAUGGUUCUGUGCUUCAUAAGCAUCCACACCAACACUGAUUCCCAUUAGUUCCUGCUGAAGAGGGGAGGUGAGUGCAUGGGAAGUCAAAGUCGCCCACAUGCUCUGGCUUUGGGAACCGGAUCAGAAAAGCAUUGAACCCUUGCAGGCUGGUGGAAGAUGGCUGUGUUUCCCAGUAGGAGCAGGUGAGAGCACAACUUCAGGGCGCGUUGGAUCUAUCGGUAAAGAUCUCGACCCGGACCGAAGGACACAUGCAGGCCAAAAAGCGGUAUUUCAUCUUAUUCUCCACCAGCACCUGCUUCGUCCUGCUGCUCUACCUCGGUGGGGUGCAGAUCGCCGAAAGGAGCCCAGGUGGCAGCAAACGGCGUGGCCCGGAACCUCGCUGGCCCAGAUUCGUCGAGCGUCUCGAACCUUUCCGGACGUCGGGUCAGGAGGAAAAUGUUCCGGCGUCGCCGAGGGACAAAAGAGAUGCCGUUUCCGGCGUAUCCAAGGGUCGGAUGUGCCGCAUGGACUCGUGUUUUGACUUCUCUUUGUGCAAGAAGAACAGCUUCAAAGUUUACGUUUACCCUCAGGAGAAGGGCGAGAAGAUCUCCGAGAGCUACCAGAACAUUUUGGCUUCGAUCGAGGGCUCGAGGUUUUACACGUCCGACCCGGGACAGGCUUGCUUGUUUGUCCUGAACUUGGACACCCUGGACAGGGACCAGUUGUCCCCGCAGUAUGUCCACAAUUUGAAAGCGAAGCUCCAAAACUUGGCUUUAUGGAACGACGGCAGGAAUCACCUGAUCUUCAAUUUGUACUCUGGGACGUGGCCGAAUUACACGGAGGACUUGGGUUUCGACAUCGGCCAGGCCAUGUUGGCCAAGGCCAGCAUCAGUACGGAGAACUUCAGGCCCAACUUUGACAUUUCCAUUCCUCUGUUCUCAAAAGAUCACCCAAGGACAGGAGGGGAGAGGGGGUACUUGAAAUACAACUCCAUCCCACCGUUUCGGAAGUACAUGCUGGUAUUUAAGGGGAAGCGCUAUCUGACCGGGAUCGGUUCGGAUACCCGGAACGCUCUGUAUCAUGUCCAUAAUUCGGAGGACGUGGUCCUGCUCACCACCUGCAAGCACGGCAAAGACUGGCAGAAGCACAAGGACGCCAGGUGCGACCGGGACAACGCCGAAUAUGACAAGUACGACUACAAAGAAAUGUUGCACAACUCCACUUUUUGUCUGGUGCCGAGAGGACGGCGUCUGGGCUCCUUCCGCUUCCUCGAGGCUUUACAGGCCGCCUGCGUUCCUGUCGUGCUCAGUAAUGGCUGGGAACUCCCCUUCUCCGAGGUCAUUGACUGGAACACGGCCGCCGUCAUCGGCGACGAGAGGCUGCUUUUACAGAUCCCCUCCACUAUCCGCUCCAUCCACCAGGACAAGAUCCUUUCCCUCCGGCAGCAGACGCAGUUUCUUUGGGAGGCGUAUUUUUCCUCCGUCGAGAAGAUUGUGCUCACUACACUAGAGAUCAUCCAUGACCGCGUGUUGCAGCACAUGAGCCGCAGCAGCGUGAUGUGGAACAACCUGCCUGGAGGUCUCUUCACCCUGCCUCAAUACUCCUCCCACCUGGGACACUUCCCUUUCUACUACGCCCUGCUCGGUAUCAAACCACAUCAGAGGUUCACGGCAGUGAUCCACGCUGUAACGCCGCUGGUCUCACAGUCGCAGCCCAUCCUGAAGCUGCUCGUGUCUGUGGCCAAAUCACAGUACUGUGCACAGAUUAUCGUCCUGUGGAACUGUGACAAGCCUCUUCCUGCAAAGCACCGCUGGCCUGCGACCUCUCAACCCGUCAUCGUUAUAGAAGGGGAGAGUAAGGUGAUGAGCAGCCGUUUCCUGCCCUACAGCACCAUCGUAACAGAUGCCGUGCUGAGUCUGGACGAGGACACGGUGCUCUCCACGACUGAGGUGGAUUUCGCCUUCACUGUCUGGCAAAGUUUCCCUGAGAGGAUUGUGGGAUAUCCAGCCAGGAGCCAUUUCUGGGACGUGAACAAGGAGCGCUGGGGCUAUACUUCCAAAUGGACCAAUGAUUAUUCGAUGGUGCUGACUGGAGCUGCUUUCUACCACAGAUAUUACAACUACUUGUAUACAAAUUACCUGCCAGCCAGCUUGAAGAGCAUGGUUGACCAGCUAUCAAACUGUGAAGAUAUCCUCAUGAACUUCCUCGUGUCUGCUGUUACCAGGAUGCCCCCCAUCAAGGUCACACAGAAGAAGCAGUACAAGGAGACCAUGAUGGGACAGCAGACGUCACGAGCCUCCCGUUGGGCAGACCCGGACCACUUCGCCCAGCGGCAGACUUGCAUGAACAAAUUUGCCAGCUGGUUUGGCAGCAUGCCCCUCGUCCACUCCCAAAUGAGACUGGACCCCAUUUUGUUCAAGGACCAGGUGUCUAUACUUCGCAAAAAAUACCGAGACAUCGAGAGACUCUAACCAAAAUCCCUAAGAACCCUUUCCAGAGGGAACAACGGCGCUUCGGGUCGCCCCAUGUCGGGCAAGAACAAGGGGAGGAAGUGGAACCGUCGGUUCGGCCAAGGAGCGAGCUGGUCAAGAAGAAGUGGAUGGUGGAGGAGGGGUUGUGCUUAAUGAAGUCCUGCUGUCAAACAAUGUCCAACAUAUCAUUGCGCUUGUCUGAUACGUACACAUCAUUUCUUUUCCACUACAGCAGGGGUUGUUUUUUUGGCAGUCGGACUAGCUUGGCGCGCGCACACACACAGCGCCACGGUCAUAUCAGUGUGUCAGACUUCCACCCCCCCCCCGUGUUCAUGUCGUAACGCUUCGCCAAGGUUAACCGUAACCAUGGCGACCUUGGAUGCGACAGGGAGCCACACAUGCACUUAACCACGCACAGUCUUGGACUUGAAUCGAGAAUGGUUAACAGGACCCUGAAGGUUUUUGCACCAUAAUCCUGUCUCAUCAUCAUGCAUGAUGGGAUGCACUCUACAGCUCUUACCUGCGUGUUUGUGUCAUCAGCCUUCAGUCCUGAUUGGUUCCUCAGAAGUGCUGGGAUUGCUACGUCCUCCCAAGAGGCUGAAAAAUGCCACAGUGUCACCGUGCCUGACCUUUCUAGGUGCACUUGGGAACGAAUGCAAAAAAAAAAAAAGCGCCUCGGUCAUGCUGCUUGUAUAUCUUCUCGUAGUUCUCUCCUUUUGUUGUUGUCGUUUUGCUUUGUUUUUCACCCCGAUUCUUCUCCGAUGAUAAGCUUUUAUGUCUCGUUGGAAGAGAUCAUGACCUUGAGCUUAAACAAGCCUCUAGUUGCACGCUACUUUCUGAGCCUGUGUCAUUCGAGUCGCAGCCUUUGGAACGAAAAAAAAAAAAACACUACGACAUUCAUUUGAGAUUUAAGCUUAAAUACCUUUUGGGUUAACCUUGCUUUCUUUUUUGGACAAGCUUAAUUAAGCCAGUACUUGCCGUUGAUUUUUUUCUUCACAUAUCUGAAUAUUAAUUUGCACAUCUUGAAAAAUUUAACAUGAAGAAAUCUGAUUCAGUCCAAUACCUACUGUAGUAAGAGAUGUUAAAGGUAAGGGGUUUUGUUUUAUUCGUGUAUUUUUCAAGGCAAGUUUUGGAUGUUUAUUUGAAAGAGAAACGUAUUUCUGUGGUAUACGGAAGCCGCGAGAGGCCCUUCGUAUAAUCUUUUUUUUAUUCACCUUGUUAUCCCGAGAUAACGACAUAAUUAAUUCAGGAUCUCGAGAAAACAACACAACUAACUCGAGAUCUCGAGAAAACAAAACCAUUAUUUCGUGAUCUCAGCUGGAUCACUGUAUCUCCGUCGGUAGGGACGAAGCCGGGCCAGUCUUCUGCGGAGGUGCCGCCGACUAAUUUUGAAAUGAUCCCUUAUUAAAAGACUUAAUGCAAUCUCUCCCUGUGUCAACCCCUGAUCAAAAUAUCGCCUUAUUAGGUGAUCGAUUAUUCCAGACAUUCUAAUGACCAAAGUUGCGUCUAUACAGAAUGAGAAAUAGCCCCAAAGUCAGCAUAUCACAAGUCUCUUGGCGUACCUGAAUGAACCAUUUCUCAGCUGUUUACUCGAGAUCUCGGAAUAACGGUUUUGUUUUCUCGAGAUCCUGAAUUAAUUAUGUCGUUAUCUCGGGAUAACAAGGUGAAUAAAAAAAAAAGGAUAAUAUGAAGGGCCUCUCUCGGCUUCCGUAGUGGUAGGUGCUUUAGUAGUUUUGUUUUAUUGGGGGUGAGAAAUCAAAGAGAGCUUCGUGUCAAGUUCUUGAUCUUUCCCUCAUUCUUUCACAUCAGUCACAUGGCCUGAGCAAAGUGAGUUUUAUUAAAGAGGUGAUCUUGUAACUGUACGUGUUUAAUUCCUAAUUAUCUUCUCCUGAAGUCGUGACAAAUCCGUAUCGAAACCGAUUCCCCCAGUGAAGAUUGUACGAUUUGUACCCGAAAGUAUUAUAACUUUUAAAUCAGUCUUGGAGAUUCAUAUCACUUUUCGUUCUUCAGUUUAUGAUUAUUUUUUUCCAAACAGAUCAUCAAGAUGGUUGUAUAUCCGUGCAUGUUUUACAGAUCUUUCUUUUGUACGUCAUGACGAACACUGGAUGUUCUUCCCAAAUCCAAAUCGAUUGUGCCAUUCCUUUUUCCGUGCAGGAUUUGCCAGAAAUACUUGUUUCCGUCAUCAUAGUCAAAGGAAAUUAAUCCCAAAUCUCUGGGCAAAAACACUAAUCCAGUCUUAGCAUUGUUCGAAGCGCAGAGUACGGCUGAACGACCUUUUAAACGUCUGAAAGUAAUCAAGUGUCCUGUUGUGGGUUCUCAACAAAGUUCUCGCUUUCGAGAAAUGUCACAUUUGAUCCCUCGCAUUCUCUGACAUUUUCAAAGAUCUCUCAAUUACACGAACGUGCCUUUCUCGAGACACUUGCGAGUUGUUUUUUUUCCGUUCGCCCCGAAUGGAAAACUCUCGUGUGUUCCCAUUCCUGUGUUGCUUCAGUCACAUGGACAUUUCCUGAUCUAGUACCAUGUGGGUAGAGUUUAGUUUACUUUGUCUAACACUGGAUUAUUUUCUUGUUAUUGUUGCAGUAUUAUGCUGUACUGACAUUCCUACCUGUUUUGUAGGAAAAAUGUUGCUGUGACGUCUCGGUGUAAUUUUGUUCUAUGACCACACUUCCUCUGUGUGUGUAUAAGGACUCGUGGCUCUUCUUUGCCCAGUAUGGACACUGAUGUAAUUCAAUGACAUUAUUUUACACACUUGCAAACAAUAAUAUAGAACAAAUGACAGUUUUGUAAGAAUGGUUUUAUAAAAAAAAAAAAAGAAAGGAAUAAAUACUAU